AUGGCCUGGAAGAUGAAGAGGCGCGACGGCAAAACUGCAGAUUCCGGCGGUUUCGCGGCGGCGAAGCUAGGGAAUGCAGAUCCGGCCGUGGGGAAUGAAGAUCAACCCUGGGGAGCCGAAUCGUCGUCGGAAAAACGGCCAAAACUGGCCGGGAAGACGAAACAUCACGAUGGGGAAGAUGAAGAGUCACGGUGGAUGCGUGUUUCACGAUGGCGGCUUGCGGUGGCUGAGAUGAACGUUGUAUCUGGUCUAGCUACUGCCAAGCCCACUUUGGUUCCACUUGAUCCUAAAUUGAAGCUUACUAAUGUGGAAUAUGAUCAAGCUUUUUCUAGACAACCUGAUCCUAUCUUGAGUGAUCCAUCGCUUCCCAUUCCUCUUGGAUGUGAUAAUCAAUCAGCCAUUCACAUUGCCUCUAGUCCCAUUUUCCAUGAAUGUACAAAGCACGUUGACAUUAAUUGUCAUAUUGUUCGUGCAAAGAUUAAAGUAGGUUUAGUGCAUCCAGUCCAUAUUCCUACACAAGAUCAGCAUGCUGAUUUGUUUACUAAGGUUGUUCCUACUGCUCUUCAUCGCCAUUUGCUGUCCAACUUCUCAGCUGAAGUACUAAAAGUUUGUUCUUCGUUGUACUCUGGAUCAAAAUCAAACAGAUCAUACUAUGGAAUAAAUUUGAGAGGAACCAAUUCUUUGAUCUUGUGUGCAAGACUUGGAGGGAACGAUGAGCCUAUUUCUGAUUUACACAGGGAGGAGAUUCACACUUCUUCCAAUGUGAUGCUUGGAACUUCUCAGGAAUUAUACGACAACAUGGCUGUGGAGAUAGAAAAAUUAAUUUCUGCACAUCCGGAGGACGACAAUGGCCCAGCAAAAGAGAAGAAAUUGGGUUUCAUCUUGUCAUAUCCAGUGGAGCAAGCUGCAUCAACCUCUGGGUCUGCCAUAAAAUGGAAGAGUUUUGCGGUUAAUGAUGCAUAAUCAGGUUGGGAAAAGCUCGUAGCUGAAGUCAAUCAAGCUUUGGAGAAAAAUGGUGUGAACAUUCGUGUUUAUGCAUUGGUUGAUGAUACAAUUGGAAAUCUAGCUAGAGGUAGAUACUAUGACAGAGAAACUAUGGUUGUUGUUACUGUAGGAAUGGGCACAAAUGCUGCUUAUGUAGAAUCACCACAGGCAGUCCCUAAAUGGGAAGGUCCAUCGCCCAAAGCAGGCGAGAUGGUCAUUAGCAAGGAAUGGGGAAACUUCAGUUCCUUUCAUCUCCCGAUAACUGAAUAUGAUGCUUCUUUAGAUGCUGGAAGCUCGAAUCCUGGUCCCCGGAUCUUUGAAAAGCUGACUUCAAAAAUGUAUUUGGGAGAAAUUGUGAGAAGAGUCUUACUAAAGAUUGCCCAAGAAACUGCCUUAUUUGGAGAUAUUGUACCUCCAAAACUUAGAGUUCCGUUUCAAUUAAGGUCACCUGAUAUGGCUGCCAUGCAUCAAGACACAUCUGAAGAUCAUGAAGUGGUUGGUGAAAAACUCGAGGAAAUUUUUGAGAUAACAGAUUCUACUGCAAUGGCGAGAGAAGUUGUAGUGGAAGUUUGUCACAUUAUUGCAGAACGUGGAGCACGUAUGGUUGGAGCUGGCAUUGUGGCCGUGUGGAUACUAAACAAGCUUGGAAGAAUUGAACAUAAGAGAAGUGUCGUAAGUGUUGAAGAUGGACUUUAUGAGCAAUAUAGAGUCUUCAUAAAUUAUUUGCACAGCACUGUAUGGGAAAUGCUAGGGAAUGAACUCUCAGAAAAUGUAAUUGUUGAACACUCUCACGGGGGCUCUGGAGCCGGGGCCCUCUUUCUAGCUGCUUCCGAAUCAUAG